AUGGCGGACGGCUCCCAGCCCUUGAUCGCAGCCUUUUCCUUUGGCAUCGUCGCCAUCGCUGCCGGCGCAAAUGGCGGUUUCCUCCUCUUCAAGCAUCAUGACCUGCCCAUCUCGCAGGAUGGCUCGAGGCUGGCCCUCCUCAUCUUCCUCUUCUCCGCGACCCUGUGGGCCAUCCUCGACUUUGCCGCCCUCCAGGCGACCACCGCCGUCGCAUGCCAGGUGACCGUCGUCUUCGAGAGCAUAUUCGACCAGCUCGCACGCGUCGCCCUCAUCCAGGCCCUCGUAUGGAGCCUCGUAGGCCUCGGGACCCCCGCCGAGGAGAAGUCCCUGAAGGCCCUCAUCCUCCCCCAGGUCGUCCUCGCCCUCCGGUUCAUCCUCGGCGCCGUCUUCGUCGGCUUCCAGACAUCCCAGACCAGCCCCGUAUGCGUCUCCUCGACGUCCCAGGUGACGCUGGGAAUCGCCGUCAUCGUCGUCGACAUCCUCUUGGCCUUGUUCUUCCUCGAGAGGUUCCUCGUCAACUACAGGGUCGCGUCUAAGCAGAACCAGAACCAGAGCAACCUCUUGCUUCUCCCCAUCGUCGGCCUCGGAGUCUGGACAGCUCUGAGCGCUCCCAUGCUGCUGGGGAUGCAGUCGCUGGCCGUUGUCCUUCGAACUGCUCUACCCGCCAUCGGCGUGCUGAUACUUGUUGUCAUCCUUGCCCUCUGCAGGAAGCCCUUCGAACCCGCCCCUCGAGAUGCGAAGCCCGAGACGGCGACAAUUCCCAGAGACUGGGUCCCCCGCGAGUACCGCAUGUCUGGCUUCGCGAGCCCUCGCCAACAGCAGAUGGGCAACUUUGUCGACGUCACCCAGGGUCAGACCGUCUCCCGGUCGGCCAUCGCCAAGUCCCUUCCAGCGAAGAGGGAUGCCGAUUCCAGGUCCACCACUUCUGCGAGGUCCUCCAGGAGCAAGCGCAAGGCCAACAAGUUCAAGAAGGGGGGGAGCCAGAGGCCCAUCAUCUCCGGCCCCAUCCUCAGAGAGGAUCUGUCCACCUCUAUCGGUAGGAUUCCGAUAGUCAAGCUGGAGACGGCCAGGGAGAACGACAGGAAGGAGCGUGAGAUGCGCAGCAAGCGCCUGAACCACAUCGCCGCCUCAGCCUCCGCUUCGAUUCCGGAGGGCUCGAGCGAGCGCACCCUGAUGGCGGGCUCACGUCAGGCUCCCCCCGCCGAUAUCACGGCUGGCCGCAAUCUUGCGUCCAGGUUUUCCACAGCCGCCACGUCCGGUGCACAGCUCUCUCCCGCCAUGGAGAACGUCCGACAGAGGUCGCCGCGAAACUCCCCCCAGGUGCAGGGCCGGGACCACCAGAUCGUCUUCUCCCCGCUGAGGACGGACCUGUCGAUCAACAACGUCAUCGUCUCCAGCAUCGAGAAGCCGGAGCGUCUGGCGCGUCCCGACACUUGGGAGCUUUUUGGCAUCCGGAACCCGGACGUGGACAUGAAGGUGCCCGUGACGGACGGUCCCGCCACGCGCUACGACUAUUCGGCUAUGCGCUCGCGUGGUGGCAGUCCCGGGAGCCACGGGCGGUCCAGCUCGUCCUCGAGGAGGAAAGAUACACGACACGCCGAUGCCAUGUUCAUCGAUCCCAGCACCCCGCCUCCCAUCCCCGAGGGGCUCAGCAAGCAGCGCCGCGGCAUCGUCCCGCCCUUUCAGGCAUCGAACGACACCAGGUUCGUCUUCCCGAAACCCCGGGCCCCGCAGAGCCCCAAUUCCCGGAGCUAUCUGGACCCCAUCACUCCCAACUCCAUAGCCUCGAACAAGCCUGUCAAGGAGUCGCCCACCCUCCCUGCGGGAGAUGAGAGGAGGCUCAGCGUGGUGCCCCCCAUGAAGCCUGUCGUCUACAAGCACAGGUACAACAACACGGUACCGGCCGUUCCCAUGAAGAACCUGCCCCCAAUCUCCCCCGGGUUCGAGGCUAUCCUUCGCGAAUCAGUCAUACACAGGCCCCGGCCCAUCCCCAGGACGCCGGAAACGGCAUUCCUGGGACACUCUCACGUGCCGUCGCAGAAGGAUCUCGCGACGUCCGUCUCGUACGAGUCCUUGCGGGCAAAGAGGAUGCUCCUGCAGAAGACGGCCCCCGGAAGCCCCAGCAACCUGCCGCCCCUGCCGCCUAUGCCCCAGCUCAGCGAUAGCAGGCCCAGGCCGAACGACACCGUCAGCAUGACGUUUUCCGAGAAGAUGGAUCUCCUCGUCGCGGACGUCAUGAGCGUAGCAUCCUCGUCCUCCCGGGCUACCAGGCGCCGGUCCAGCUCGGUGCCCGAUGCUCCCCUGUGGGCGGCGCAGAGGGGCAAGCCUGCUGGCCCCAUGUCCGCCGUCAACUCGUCCCUGAUCGACGACAUGGACUACCUUACCAAUAGGUCGACAAUGACCUCGGUGCAGACCCGGAGCAUCCUCGGCCUCGCUGAUCCGGGCGACGAGAGCAGGCCACAGCCAGCCCCCAGGCCCGAGUCCGGGGUGUCCGGCGGCGGCACCGCUACCGAGCAGGAGCCCGGACCUCCGCUGACCGAGCCUUCGCUACCCGAGACUUCGAUGAUCAAACCUUGGGAGCCUGAGGAAGUCACCCAGGAAGCCCCCCGGGGCAGGGCUGCUGCUCCGCCCGCGGACGAUGACUACGCGAGCAUCAGCAGUGCUUACUCUCCCGAGCCCAUGCCGAGUGCUUCCGACCCCUGCUCCGCCGAGCAGCCGCCGGCGUGGUCGCCGGACGACGACUUGGACUCGGACGAUGAGACGCUCAACACUUCGGUUGCUAGCACCCCGCUCCACGACUCGCCGGCCCAGCUCUCCAGCAAGCCGCGCGUCAACAGGGAGGAGGGGAAACCGAGCGAGGGCGGCUGGCAGUUCCGCAUGGCCCAAGAGCCCUCGACCUUCUCCGCACGCAACAGGUCACCGGGAUCGCGACGCGGACCCCCCCCGAGACCCCUGUCGCUGAACCAGCCGAGCAGGCUGAUCGUGGUCGAGGCCGAGCCGUCGCCUCUGGAGUCGCCCACGCAUGCGCUCGACGUCCUAGAGAUCCAGCUCCACCAGAUGGAAAGGAACAGCACCGUGGCCUCCCCCCUGGACGACAGCCAGAGGAUGAAUCUCCUCGCCGACCUCGAGCAGGAGAUUGGAGUGCAGGAGAGCCACUGGAACAAGAUUCGCAAGACCAUCUUCAGCCGUGACUCCAUCUCCACGGUCGCCGCGUCGCCGCAGGGACCCCGCGUGCAGGAGAACAGCAGCUUCUCCAAGCGAUGGGCCGAACUGGCCAAACUGAAUGAUCACCGCUCGCUGUCUCCCCUGCCGCCUUCCACGAACAGGGACCGGGCUUCGCUCAUCAGGGACGAGCUCUCCUACGGAAACAUCGGUAGCGCCAGGAACAGCACCGUCUCUCGUCUGAGCGCCUCUGGCAGUCUGAUGAGCUUCCUGACCGUCUCCCGCCCGGUGACGAUGGUGCAGGGCGGCGGCAGCCCUACGCCCCCGGACUCGGAAGGGUCCGAGGUUGAGGACACAGCCAUGCCCGCCAUCCACGGCGACCUCCCCAUCCUGCAGCCCACAGUCUACGAGCCUCCGCUGCUGUGGCACGUUGAGGCCCCCUCGCCCGUCGCUCCGAUGGAUGAACCGCAGCUGUGGUCCCUCAGGGGCAAGCCCUCUUCCGUCCUGCCGGAGGACCUGUCAGACCUCCCUGCCCCCAAGGCUUCCGUCAAGAGGCCAGCCCCCGAGGGCCUGAAGAUUUCGAGCUCGCAGCUUUGGUGCGACGAGAGGCCCCGGAAGAGGUUCACCUCCUGGAAGGGCCUCUGGAGAUCCACCUGCUUUCGCCCCAAGUCGGCGCAGAGGCCCACGAGGAAGAGCAAGCGCAUCACCAUGCUGCCCGAUAUCCCCGAGAGCCCCAAGCCUCUCCCCGGCAAGAAGGGCGAGCUCGGCAUCUUCGAGUUCCCCUGGGGAGAGAGGUCGGGCACGGGCAUCUAUGUGCCCCCUGUGACUGCCGGUCUUGGUCUCGGCGUCAUGCCGGGCACCAUGAUGACGGGCGGUUCCAUCCUGAGGCCCCUGAACCCGGUCCCCACCAUGCCUGUGACUGACGCGUCCGCGCUGUCGUUCUUCGAGAACUUUGACGAUGAGGAUGACGGCGACAACUUUUCCGACUUUGACAUGAGCGAGGAGGUCUACGGGGAAGCUGACGAGGAGGACUACGGGGAGGGAGAAGACGAGGACGAUAGUGACGACUUCGACGAGGACACCAUCUGGGAGAUCGCCAGUCUCCUGAAGCGCGACGCCACUGCCGUAGGCGAGUGUACGAGUCGACGCACAAGCUCAGUCUGCUCCUCCCCGACAACGAUUGGGAGCUACGAGAGCACCAGCUUUGACAACGAGGGUAACCCUCGUGACAGCGACAUCAUCCCUCGCGGUGCUGUCGUCUACAGCGACGAGGAGGGAGAUUUUGGCGCCGCCGAGAAGCCGGAAACCUGGCCUCUGUGGGAGCCGAGAUACGAUGCCCCCCCCCCGGCUGGCAAGGGUCUGCCUCAACCCGACGACGUCAACUGGAGCAUGUAUCUAGGCACUGCCGACGCUCCUAGGCGCCGCCAGAGGGCUCCAGUCUCUUCGCCGCCUCCUCCCAUCCCUGCAGGUAAGGAGGUGUCGCUAUGGUCUGCUGCUCCCGCUCCUCCUGCCGCUAACCAGUCCCUCCUCUGGGAGAAGCUGGAGGUCCUCUCGAGGAAGUAUGAGGAGGAGAAAAAGGCUCCCAACUCUCGAGCCGGUCCCCUAUGGAACGCGGCUCACGAUGAGAUCCAGGAAGUCAGGGGUCUCCCGCAGCCGGAGAAGAUAAUUUGGGAGUCGUAUCUUUCUGCUGCCGCCCCCGUGCUUGCCAGACGCGUGCCAAAGACUCACUUCCUGGCAUCGCUUUCUCCGGUGGGCAGGAGUGGCAAGCCUCAUCUCUGGACCGCUACCUCUCUGCCUGCUCUUCCUAGGCCUUCUCUUCUCACACAGAGCGCCACAAAGCCUGGGGCUAGUAUGUGGGAGGCAGGGAACUUCCAGGUCCAGGUCGCCGGCAAAGGCCUCCCCCAGCCUAACGAGGCGACCUGGGAGCUAUACCUCUCUACAGCCCCUGCUGCUCCCAACACCAGGCACAUAUCAGAGACCCCCCUUCGAGCACCCCCUCCUUCGCCCAAGGCUAGCCUGUGGCAAGCAGGACGUGAUGCCGUCCAAAAGGUCAAGGGUCUCCCUCAGCCCAACGAGGAGACCUGGGAGCUGUACCUCUACAUCUCCAGCCUCACCCCUUUCUCCAAGCGCGCGUCGAGCCGACUGAGGACUCUUGAGCCCCUGUCAAUCGACAGCCAGACAAGCCUCUGGACUGCUCCUCACCGCUCUGCCCCUAGGCAGUACCUUGCUCGUCAGACUCCCCGCAAGCCUCAGGCAAACAUGUGGCAGGCAGGUCGCGUUGCCGUCAAGGAGUCCAAGGGCCUCCCGCAGCCUAGCAGGACGACCUGGAGCCUGUACCUCACUACGGCCCCCCCUGCUUCUGCACAUGUGCCAAAGAAGUCAGGGGCUCUCGAGCCUCUGUCAUUCACUGAUAGCCCGACGAGCCUCUGGGUUGCAGCUCCCCGUGGUCUGUCCAGGCAGUCUCUCCUUUGGGAGCGCGCCCGGGAGACCCUCCAGGAGGCUGAGCCCGAUGCUGCAUGCAGCAAGCCUCUGGCCACUCUUUGGGAGGCCACUCAUGAUGUUGUGGAGGCCAAGGGUCUCCAGCAACCUAACGAGGCGACAUGGAGCUUGUACCUCUCCACAGCUUCUCCCUUCGUCAAGUGUGGGUCCAGGAGACCCGAGGCUCUUGAGCUCCCGCCAUUUGCCGACAAGUCAAGCCUCUGGGCUCCUUCUCAGUCGCUGCCUACGCAGUCUCUUCUUCUGUGGAGUCAGAAGGCUGAGGAGCCUGGGAAGCAGGCUGAGGAGGUCACUUCUGCGGUCAUCAAGCCCGGGGCUAGCCUAUGGCAGGCUGCUCUUGGUCUUGUCCAGGAGGCCAAGGGCCUUGUUCAGCCUAACGAGGCGACCUGGAACCUGUACCUUGCUACGGCUCCUGCCACGUCUGCCAAGCGUUCGCCGAACAGGGCGAAAACUCCUGAGCCCCGGGCAGUUGACGUCAAGUCGAGCCUCUGGGCUCCUACUACUCCUACUACCAUGUCUCUCCCCAAGCUGUGGGAAGCGCCUUGGGCGUCUGCCAAGCGUCAGCUGGGGUCAGAUUCCAGCCUCUGGCAAGCAGCCGCCGCCACUCAGUCCUCAUAUGGUCUUGAGCAGCCCAACGAAGCGACCUGGGGGUUGUACCUGUCCACGGCUCCUGCUGCCACUUCUGCUGAGCGUCCAUCCUUGAGGGCUCUCGAGCCCCUUGCCAUUGACAGCAAGUCGAGCCUGUGGACUGCCACUCUCCCUCUUGCGCGAUCCGCAUCCAAACUCUGGGGGCUCUCUUCGACCAGCGAGACUCAGCCUUCGCUUAGCAAGCUUGAUUCCAGCCUCUGGAAGGAAGACAGCGUCGCUGCCAACUUCAGGGGUCUUCCCCAGCCUGACGAGGCCACCUGGGGACUCAAGUCGAGCCUCUGGGCCGCUCCCGCUGCUGCUCGUGCUUCUGCAUCCAAGCUGUGGGCUCUUCCGUCCUCUUCCGUCGACCCUCAGCCCGCGCCCAUCUCUGGUCUCUGGCAGGAGGGCAAUGCCACCGUCCCCUCUUACGGACUUGCUCCGCUCGACGAAGCGACUUGGGGACUGUACCUCUCCACAGCUCCUGCUACUCAUGUCGCCUCUAUCAAGCAGUCACCCAAGACUCCGGAUCCUGUGUCUUUUGAUGCAAAGUCAGGCCUCUGGACUGCUCCUGCUGCUGUUUCCUCCUCAGCAUCCAAACUAUGGGAGCUCCCCUGCUCGUCCGUGGAGGCACUUUCUCAGCCCGAGCCCAGGGCAAAUCUCUGGCAGAAAGAACAUGCCGCCAUUCGAUCUCACGGUCUUGCCCAGCCCGACGAGGCAACCUGGGGGUCGUACCUUUCCGCAGCCGCUGGUGUUCCUGCCGGGAGGGCAUCGGAGAGGCAGGUGAGGGCUGAGCUCCCGUCGAUCGACAGCACCAGCCUCUGGACUGCGUCUGUAUCUGCUCCUGUCGUCGCUCCUGCUCCCCCUUCUGGGAAGAGCCCCCUUCCCUCCUCGUCGCCUGCCAAGUUCGGUCUCUGGCAGGAAGACUGCGCCAUCUCCACCUCCCACGGCCUUGCCCAGCCCAACGAGGCUACCUGGAGCCUGUACCUCGCUACAGCCCCCAGCACCUCUCCCAAGCGUGCCCUGAGGACGCUCGAGCCCCUGCCGCUCGACAGCGAGUCUAGCCUCUGGGCUGCCCCCGUGCCCGUCGCUGCAUCUGACUCCAGGCUGUGGGCUCUUCCCUCUUCUUCCAGCGAGUGCACUGCCUCGCCCGUCAAGCCUCAGCCCGGGCCUGCCUCCAACCUCUGGCGGGAAGACCGUGCUGUUACCCCUUCCCACGGCCUGGCUCAACCUGACGACACGACUUGGGACUCGUACCUCUUCACGACCUCGGGUGUGCCUACCAGGCGACCGCCCAAGAGGCAACCGAGCAGCCUCGAGCUUCCGUCCGUUGACAGUACCGGUCUCUGGGACGCCAUCUCUGCCUCUCCUCUCGGGCAGCCGGAGCAGAUCCCCCUGCCUUCCUCGCCCACUACCUCUACCCUCUGGAAGAGGAAACACCACCGCUCCUCUUCCUCUCACGGCCUCCCCCAGCCAGACACCACAACCUGGACUUCCUACCUCGAGGACGGAGAGGCCACCGCUUCGGCGACCGUCCACACGCCGAGCAGGUCUAGAUCUUCGUCUGCAGCCUCCUCGCUCGCUCCCCUGUCCCUGAGCAAUUCUCGGAGCAACGCCAAUGGCCGUCUGUGGACUUACUCUGGCCCUUACAAUCCUCCCCAGACUCCGUCUAGGAGGCCUCUUCUGUGGCGACACUCGUAUACUUUUCUCAUGAAGCUGUAA